CCAAUUCUUCAUUUUUCCAGUUUGGGGCCUCCCUCCAGCAGGAGGCGCUGUUGAUGCUUUCUAUAAUGGAGGAGUACGACUGGCACGUCUUCUCGGUGGUCACCACCAAGUUCCCAGGUUUCCAGGAGUUCAUAGCCACUGUCCGCGUCACGGUGGACCACAGCUUCAUUCGUUGGGACCUUCAGAGCGUAGUGACGCUGGACGGCGUCGGCGAACCUGAGGACCGAGCCCACGUGCAGCUUAAACGCAUCCAGUCGCCUGUCAUCCUCCUCUACUGCUCCAAAGACGAAGCGGCGUUGGUUAUGGAGGAAGCCCGUUCGCUAGGGCUCACCGGGGCUGGCUUUGUGUGGAUUGUUCCUGGUCUGACGACAGGAAAUCUCGAACAAACCCCGGAAGCCUUUCCGAUGGGGAUGAUAUCUGUGGCAUAUGACGAAUGGGAUUAUCCCCUGGAGACGCGUGUGCAGGACGCUGUGGGAAUUAUCAGUUCUGCAGCUGCUGCCAUGUUCAGAGAGGAAGGUCAGAUACCUGACGGAACGGCUAGCUGCUACGGCCAAUCAGAGAAGCCGGAGGUGCCGGCAAGUGCUCUGCGCAGAUAUAUGAUGGGAGUCAAUCUAGGGGGUAGAGAUCAUUCGUUCAUGGACGAUGGCUACCAAGUCAAUCCCAAGCUGGUUGUCAUUGUUCUGAACACACAGAGGGAAUGGGAGAAGAUGGGACGGUGGGAAAACCACACGUUAAAGUUGAAGUUUCCAGUUUGGCCACGUUAUAACUCAUUUGGGGACAUGGACGCUGAUGAGAACCACUUGAGCAUUGUGACUCUAGAGGAAAGACCCUUUGUUAUAGUGGAUGAUGUGGACAUUCUUACUGGCACAUGCAUGCGCAACUCUGUACCUUGCAGGAAACACAUUAAAGAUAAUACCACGGAGGGCUCCUAUAUCAAGAAGUGCUGCAAGGGCUUUUGUAUAGACAUCCUGAAGAAGAUUGCCAGAAAUGUAAAGUUCACCUAUGAUCUUUACCUGGUCACAAAUGGCAAACAUGGCAAGAAGAUCAAUAAUGUGUGGAACGGCAUGGUGGGGGAGGUUAGGAAAAAAGGUAUUGCAUUUGACGUCUGUCUGUCUGUCUGUCCAUACAUCGCUGUGGGCUCAUUGACCAUAAAUGAAGAGCGGUCAGAGGCCAUAGACUUCUCUGUCCCAUUUGUUGAGACAGGCAUCAGUGUGAUGGUGUCACGUAGCAAUGGAACGGUGUCGCCCUCUGCGUUUCUAGAACCCUUCAGUGCUUCAGUGUGGGUUAUGAUGUUCGUCAUGUUACUCCUCGUCACAGCAAUCGCUGUUUUCCUCUUUGAAUUCAUCAGUCCGCUCGGUUUCAAUAGAAACCUGGCACAGGGCAAAGACCCUCAUGGGCCCUCCUUCACUGUUGGUAAGGCUAUCUGGCUGCUGUGGGGUCUAGUGUUCAACAACUCUGUCCCAGUACAGAACCCCAGGGGCACUACCAGUAAAUUUAUCGUGUCCGUAUGGGCCUUUUUCGCUGUGAUUUUCCUGGCCAGCUACACUGCCAACUUGGCUGCCUUUAUGAUCCAAGAGGAGUUUGUGGACCAAGUAACAGGCCUUAGUGACAGAAAGUUUCAGAGUCCCUAUUCCUAUUCACCACCGUUUCGCUUCGGGACCGUGCCUAAUGGGAGCACAGAGCGAAACAUCAGGAAAAACUACCCAGACAUGCACCAGUACAUGGUGAAAUACCAUCAGACUGGAGUUCAGGAUGCACUGGUCAGCCUCAAGACGGGUAAACUGGAUGCUUUCAUAUAUGAUGCGGCUGUGCUCAACUAUAUGGCGGGGCGUGAUGAUGGCUGUAAGCUAGUAACUAUUGGCAGUGGCUACAUCUUUGCCACAACAGGAUAUGGCAUUGCCCUGCAGAAAGGAUCCUACUGGAAACGGCUGGUUGACCUUGCUAUCCUCGGGAUCAUUGGAGAUGGUGAGAUGGAGGAGCUGGAGGCCCAGUGGCUGACUGGUAUCUGUCAUAAUGAGAAGAAUGAAGUGAUGAGCAGUCAGCUGGAUGUGGAUAAUAUGGCUGGUGUGUUCUAUAUGCUCGCGGCUGCCAUGGCUCUGUCGCUAAUUACUUUUGUCUGGGAGCACCUCUUCUACUGGAGGCUACGUUACUGUUUCACUGGUCUCUGUUCUGGUCAGCCAGGAAUUCUCUUCACUAUCAGCAGGGGGAUUUGGAGUUGUAUUCACGGUGUCCACAUUGAGAUGAAGAAAUCCCCAGAGUUGGGCUUCAGCCCUCAGGCCAACAUGUUACACCUUCUGAAAUCGGCUAAAGAGAUCACCACCCUCGGAGUUACCUCACCCAAACAGUCCGUGAGUAGCAUUCUCCAUCCUACCACGGGCUUGCUGGAGAUUAUGGAUGGAGCAAAAGGCAACAACCUCACCCAGAAAAACGCUCCCUAUAGCAAUGCCAGCACCAUGCUCAGCAACCGUCACAAAGAGCCACUUAACAAUACUCUGUUGCCAGGGCAACGUGCCCUGAGCUUGACGGAUGCUCAGCCAGGUGUUGCUGGAAACGGUGGCUCAGGAGGCGGAGGUGAGACCGCUCGACCUCCAGCCUCCAAGCCACGUGCUCUGUGGAAGAAGUCUGUGGAGACUCUGCGGCAGAACCAAGGUCCUGGGGGUAAUUCCCCUCCAUCUACCCCGCAGCCCACCGAGACCCUACCUAUGAAGAGCCAGCGCUACCUGCCUGAAGAUGCACCCGCCCGCUCAGAUGUGUCAGAUUGCUCCGGUCGGGUGGACUUGCAAAAGCAGCACAAGUUAAAAGAAACGCUUCGGAAACGGAACCGCCUACCGCGGGAUCUGAGCGACGUGGAGCUUUCAACUCUGCGAAGCCAGCCCAGCCAGCAGAGUAACCACAGUGCUCAGAUCUACUCUCAGAGCAGCCAGGGGAGUCAGAUUUAUACCAUUGACUCCAUUGAUCAGGAGCAUGGCCUGCACUACCCAGAUAUCUUCAGCGAUCACCGCGAUAACAAGCACCGGCCGUCCUCUUCCUCCGAGCAGCAGCCAAUCCUGCAGCUCAACAGCAGUCUGCUCUCACAGGUCCACGAACCGGACGUGAUGCAAACCGCCGUCGCAAAGGAUAAGAAAUACAACACGUACGGAAAGCCUGGCGGUGCAGGGACCAUCACCGGCGGGCCUGGUUCUACUCAGGAUCCACGACAGACACACUGCCGUAGCUGCCUGUCGAAAGUGUCCAGUUACUCUGGGCUUUACACUGUACGGUCCCCUCAGUAUCGCUGCGAUGCCUGUCUGCACUCCGCAAACCUGUACGACAUCAGCGAGGAUCAGUUCCUCCAUCCAGAUGGACGGGGCACUGGCGGCGGAAGUGUUGACAGGGCCUUCUCUCCUUUUCUCCCUCAACCUGAUGCUUCCUUCACAGCCUAUCUUCCCCAGAGUGACCAAGAGGGUGACGGUCUUAUUAGUCACUACCAGAACGAGGGCGUAAUCAUCCGCCAGCACUCGUACGAGAACCUGCCCCAGAAGAGUUCCUCACGGCGGGUCAGUCUGCAGGACAACACGCCAUAUGCCAACGUUCCCUCGGCGACUCUGAUCCCAGACAAGCCCCCGAAAAAUCAGUCGGUCCACCUAAACCACACGCUCGCCGGGGUGGGCGUCAGCGGACUCGGGAUCGGUCGUCGCAGCAAGUCGAUGUAUCCGGCACGCCCAACGGAAAACCCGUUUCUCCAGACACUCCGCGAUGACCAGCGUCUAGCUCACGGCCGCAGCUCCACAGACAUUUAUAAGCAGCUCGUGCCGCUCACAUUAGGCCAGGCCGAUGGCAAUGUGCUCAGCGUGGGGAUGCCGACCCCUGACCUCUAUUACUCCGAGCAUGUCAUGCCUUAUGUAGCCCCUCCCCCUGUCGGCACAUACACCGCUCCCAGGGCAAUGAGCGCUGGGGGAGCUCGGCGUGUCUACAAGAGGAUGCCGAGCAUCGAGUCUGAUGUCUGAUGGAGAGAGUGCAACGUGGUCUGGAAGACUAUGAAAAGACAUGCAUGGAUAUUUCCACCAGGAUAUGGCUUAACCGUGGAACUCUUGGCGGGAUUGUAAAGCUUUUUGACUAUAAGGCAAGCAAGUCUGGAAUAUAUUUUGUUUCCCUUCUUGGACUUAUCUUUCUGAACAGAAGUAAGAGUUCAACUUUACAUCAGGUCCUCCCCUCUAGUCGAGCAGCAGCUCUGUGUCUUCCAGAAAACAUCAAAAAUGGUGGGCAGGACGCUCUUGCGCCUUCGAGCGAAGGAAGAGCAGCAAAAGCUGCUUGGAAGUACAGGGGCAGCUCCAAAGAGUUUCCUUUUUCACGGAACACGAGCAACCAAAAAAUUGAGUAAAUAAAAACAUGAGUGAAUUCCCACAUUCUGCACUUUUACACACACAAAAAUACACAUGCACAUGCAAGAGGCACAAACAAUCUCAAACUACUGAAAGGACAGCGUUAGGUAUAAACUAGAAUCUCUUUUGCCCCAAAAAAACUGAGUACCACAUACAAUGUAAUAGCAUAAACGACAGGCGUGCACUUGCACGCAAUCACAUGCUCUAAAAUAAAUAAUCGCUUAGCAGAUCCAAACCUGAUUGAGUUUUUGGAAAGGCGGCAGAACAUCUGUUACACUGUUUGAAAGGCUUAUGAAUGCAUUUCGAUGUAAAAGCUGCGUUGAAGCACGGUCCACAAAGCCUGCUCAGAGUUCAAAGAUUAGAUUUCCAUUCCAGCCUGAACUGUGACAAAAUGCACUACCUGUAUGAUUAGUCUCGGGUGUAAUCUCUGAAAUCAAGUACGUUAGAGAAUUUCAGAGAAGGAAAACUUGAUGCACACAAGGCCUGUGACUCGUUCGUGUCUCUGAGGACACCAAGUGGAAAAAGUCUUUGACCCUCCCCUCCCUUGAAUCCGUCCGUACCUUGCCUGCAUGCAGAGUGCAAACGCAGGAAGACACUCCUCUGCUCACAGCACAACAGUGUAGUAAGUGUCAUUGUUCAUUCAUCUAAAUUUGAUCAUCUUGAGCAUAUUUCUAUAGUUGUCUAGAAUAUAGAAAAAAGUGAUAGUCAAUUUUUACAGUUUUCUACACUGCCAAAUAUUUGAAAAGGGUGUGCCAAGUGUAUUUAUUGUGUUAUAGAGAGGAAGACUGCAGGAAAAGAAAUGCAGGGAAGUGACAGAAAAAGAGGUAUACCGUCUUUUUUGUGGGCGUAAGGGACUCCGAGAAGGCAUAGAAAAUGUAAAAGCCCACACCAACUAAUGAUGUCAAUACAGAACCACCGAGAUAUAAAAAGUUCCUGUUUGCCUCGAACACACAAACACAUCACUUCCUGUAGAAUCCAACCACACACUCAUACUUCACAAAUAUUUUUGGUUGUUUUGAAUUAUAAUGGUCGUUCCAGCGAUAUGCACAAUAUCAGGUUGCAAUAUUAUAUUUAUGUAUGAAAUUUCCUAGUUUUAAUAUGUUUUAUUAUUAGUUCCUUUCAUUUUAUGAAUUGUUAUACACGUGGAAUUAAUUUAUCAAUGUGAUUUAAUUGCGUAUAUAUAUAUAUUUAAAAGAAAAAAGAUAACAGCAUGUUAAUCUUCUCUAUGGUCAAACUUUUAGAAUUGUUCUUUUUGAUUUUGAUGUGAAUGGGAGUAUGUGUUUACAGUGAAUGUGAAAAUAUGGAUUCAUCUCAGAUGUGAUUUUGAUUCUCAUUUGAAUACAAACAUAAAACUGUCGUAUGACCAAA